AUGUCACCGCAUGCUACAACAACCGUCCCCACAGGGACCUACAACUGGUGGAAGGAGGCCACUGUCUACCAGGUAUACCCCGCAUCAUUCAAGGAUUCCAACGGCGAUGGAUGGGGUGAUAUCCCUGGUCUGAUUUCGGAGAUUCCAUACCUCCAUUCACUGGGCGUCGACGUAGUAUGGCUGUCACCGCACUACGACUCGCCGAUGCACGACAUGGGCUACGACAUAUCCGACUACGAAAAAGUGCUUCCGGCAUACGGAACUGUCGCGGACGUCGAGAAGCUGAUUGACGAGUGCCACGAGCGUGGCAUGAAGCUCAUCCUUGAUUUGGUGGUGAAUCACACCAGCGACGAGCACGCCUGGUUCAAAGAAAGUCGCAGCAGCAGGGACAACGAGAAACGCGACUGGUAUUUCUGGCGGCCACCACGGUACGACGAGCAGGGCAAUCGGGUUCCGCCGACAAAUUACAGGGGCUAUUUCGCUGGGAGUACGUGGACGUGGGACGAGCAGACGCAAGAGUAUUACCUGCACCUGUACGCGAAGGAGCAGCCUGACUUAAACUGGGAUAACCGCGCCACGCGGGAAGCCAUCUAUGACAGCGCGAUCCGGUUCUGGCUUGACAAGGGGGUGGAUGGCUUUCGCGUCGACACCGUCAACAAGUAUAGCAAGCGGACGGAUUUCCCCGACGCGCCCGUCACCGACCCCAAGAGCUAUAUUCAGCCCGCGGUGGAGAUGUGGUGCAAUGGUCCGCGGAUCCACGAGUUCCUGCGUGAGAUGUAUGAUGAAGCGCUGGCGCCGUAUGGGGACGUGAUGACCGUCGGCGAGUUGGCGAAUACGCCUGACCCGAAAGACGUGCUCAAGUAUGUUGGCGCGUCUGCGAAGCAGCUGAGCAUGGUCUUCCAUUUGGAUAUUGGCCAUAUCGGUAUGGGCAGCAGCCUGGAAGACAAGUAUAUCUUCCAACCGUGGAAGCUCACUGAGAUGAAGGCCAUCGUGAGCAAAUGGCAGACUUUUGUCGAGGGGACGGACGGGUGGACGACGGUUUUCUGUGAGAAUCACGACAACGGCCGGUCCGUGUCACGAUUUGGAUCCGAUGACCCUGAAUUCCGAGAACACUCUGCCAAGAUGCUGGCGUUGAUGAUGGUAGCCAUGACCGGAACUUUGUUCUUGUACCAGGGGCAGGAAAUCGGGAUGAUUAAUGCGCCGCGUGAUUGGUCCAUUGAUGAGUAUAAGGACAUUGAAGGGCUGGGAUACUAUCGAGAGGCCGAGCGCCAGGCUGCAAAUGGCACGGAUCCAAGCAGACCAGAACGCAUCAUGGACGGUCUGCGGGUUCUAGCGCGGGAUCAUGCCCGACUGCCGAUGCAGUGGGAUGAUUCUCCCAACGCCGGAUUCACGACGGGAACACCAUGGAUGCGCACUCACGAUCUGUACAGAGAGAUCAACGUGAAGAAGCAAGAGUCAGAUCUCCAAAGUGUACUUUCAUUCUGGAAGACGGUACUGCAGGUGCGCAAGGAGUACCGGGAGUUAUUCAUCCACGGUGCAUUUGAGGUCGUUGACUUUGAGAAUCUCGAGACCUUUUGCUUUGUGAAGUCAAGGGAGGAGAUGCGUGCAUUGGUUGCCUUGAACUUCACCUCUUCACCUCAGCCACUUACCCAAGCUGACAUGGCGGGGCAGAUGAAGCUUUUGAUCAGCAACUAUGCCUUCUCGGAACUGGGUACACUACAACCCUAUGAGGGGAGAAUCUACAUAUCAUGA